AGUAGCGAGUGACCGUAUCCAAAUCUAUUAAGUUUUUUAAUGAAUCUAAUUACAAAAACCAAAACAAAUCUUUUGUUUUCCCCUCCCUUCGAACAAAGCCAUAAUCAUCGCUUAUAUGCACAUCAAAAAUGCAAUUAGCCAUCCUCAAAACCGACAAAAAUUUGCGUAAUUACAUAUUGUGUGUAUCUCAAAACGCUCAGUACCCACGUGGUGGUGCCCUUGACUAAGAAGGACCGACCACAGCAUAGUUAAGGCACACUUUUAAUUACAGCCUCCGGCGUAAAACGUGCCUAAUUCGAUAAACAUUGACAAACAUUUGCGCAGAGCGAAACUUUUCAUCAAAACCAGUUGCGCACCGGCCUAACGAGGCCAGUUGCGGUUAGGAAAUAGUCCUUCCAGUGUCGGUGCAGUUUCUUUUUUGUUGGAGUCAACAGGUCCCCGGAAUGGUACUGCGAGGACAGUUUGCAAAGACAGUUUCGGCUCUGGUCAUCCUGGCGACCUGGUCGUCGGGGAUGGUCAACCAGGAGGUCUCGGCAGGGCCCGCGAUCGCGGGUAACAGUAGCGCAGCAUACCAGCUUCCGUACGAGGGCAUUGCGCCAGCAGACUACCUGCAGGAACUCAGUGAAGGACCUGGGUGGGCAGCAGGUCUGAUCAGGAAUUCCCGGAAGGGGAGCGAUCAACGGGAACCGAAAUUCAUCAGCUUCCAAACCAAGGACAAUAAUAUUGAGGUUGAGAUCGACUUUGCGAUACCUUUUCUUACGAUUCCGGUGAAAAAGUCCGUCGAUGGGAUGAUGUCGUCAGUGAUGAAGGGCACUUCUCUCAUCAACAUCAAUGUGGGAGCUGUGGCUUUGGCGGGCGUUCUGGCAGUUGGUGGCGCCCUCAUCGGUGGCGUCGCCAAACUAUUUCGUGACAAGGAACUCUUGACUCCUCUGGGACCAUUAAACGUUCGACGAACGGAAUCCAUGCCCACGCCGUCGAAGACGGAUCGAGACGCCGACGAAGAGAACGCCCUCUGGAAUCUACUGCGGGUGGUGGACCGUAGUUUACAGCGGUACGACAUCGAUUCGACGGCCUGCACCCAGCGGACGGUUUGCUGGUACGUGAAGGAAGCCGCGAUAAACGUGGCCGAGCGACGCGCCAGCCGGAUGGACACGGUCCUGGACGGGUUGGCCGGUGCGGACUGGGCGCUCAGUUUCGCCACCGGAACGGCCAUCGAGGACGCCAUCCGCGCUGGCAGGAGACGCGUCAACUGCGAGCAAGCGUUUCCGGCGUGCCGAUUCGGACCGGAAGCGGUGCAGCGGAUACUCGGCGGAAGUGGGAGGAGCAGGCGGUGAAACGCGGUUAGCAUUAAGUCCAAAUUGAUUGAGAUUCUUGGUUAGAACCAUGCUUGCAUUCAACGUUCGAACACUAGCGACACCUAGUAGAGAGUAGUUUAAUGUUUAUCCUUUGAAUAGUUGGCCAUCGCUAAUGAUACAUGUUGGCAGAUCUUGGAGGAAGUUAUUUU